AAUGUUGGAUGGGACAGAGAGUUCAUUCCAUUGACCUCUCCCUUUGCAUGAGACCUGUCUCUGCCCAUCAUCUUGCUGGCUUCUCUGUAAUGGCUUAAAUUUUGCACUUUAGCUUGGCUUUGCCCAAUUUCUUUUUUGCAAAUUUAUGCCUUGAUAGAGGAGAGGAGAGGGAGAGGAUGUUGCAGAGAGCAGCAAGUAAUGCAUAUUCUUGGUGGUGGGCAAGCCACAUCAGGACUAAGCAAUCAAAAUGGCUUGAACAGAGCCUCCAAGAUAUUGAAGACAAGGUCCAGAGCACGCUGAAGAUUAUCGACGGUGAUGGCGACUCUUUUGCGAAGCGAGCCGAAAUGUAUUACAAGAAGAGGCCAGAGCUCAAGAGCUUAGUGGAAGAUACCUACCGGGCAUACCGAGCUCUAGCCGAGAGAUAUGACCUCUUAUCCAGAGAGCUUCAGAGCGCCAACCGCAAAAUAGCCACGGCUUUUCCUGAUGAAGUCCAGUUUGAUGUUGAUGAUGACGAUGAUGAGCAAAGCUUUGCCGGAAGCUUCUCUGAGAAGCCAUCAGGCAACGAUCUUCCCGACGCCGCAAAACGGCGCAUUCCUAAGGUGCCAAAGCUCCCUACGAAAGAGUUCAGGAAACCGUCGAUGUCAAGCUCGAGGAAAGCACAGCUGAAGAAGAAAUUGAGCGGCGUCAAGACUUCCAUAGCUCCCGCUUCCGGUUUGACCAAAACCGAGGCGCUAGAGGAGAUCGACAAGCUUCAGAAAGGAAUCUUGGCGCUGCAGACCGAGAAGGAGUUCGUGAAGAGCUCGUUCGAGCGCGGGCACGAGAGAUACUGGGAAAUAGAAAACGAGGUAAUGGAAAUGCAAGGCAAAGUGUGCAGCCUACAGGACGAAUUUGGAAUCGGUACCAUCAUCGAGGACAAUGAGGCUCGGACUCUAAUGGCCACAAUGGCUUUGAAGUCUUGCAAGGAGGCCUUGUCCAAAAUGCAGGAGCAACAGGAACAAUCCGCUGAAGAGGCGAUAGAGGAACAGGAAAGAAUCAGGAAAGUAUACGAAAAGCUCAAAUCUCUCAAAGGCGAAUAUCUUCCUGAAGAGAGAACCACUAGGGACAAUGUGGAGGAAGAAAACUCGGUAGGCGCCAAUCCAAAAUCGAGGAGCUCGGUCCAACAAGAGGAUGAGUUGAGCUUGGAUGGUCAGAAAAUGAAGGAAGUUCUCAAUUCUGAUUCGAAAGCCUCGCUCACUAUGACGGAACUAGCGGAGAGAGUCGAUGAACUGGUCGACAAGGUUAUCAAUUUGGAAACUGCGGUUUCUUCCCAGACCGCUCUGGUGAGAAGAUUGAAGUCGGAGACGGAUGUCCUGCACACGCACAUCCAGACCCUCGAAGAUGAAAAGGAAACUCUGAUGGAAGGUUCGGACAAUAUGAACAGCAGGCUUAAAGAGUUGGAGAAGGAAAUGCGCCGGAUCAAGGCCCUGAAGCAGAAUGUCAACUACCAAAACCAGAACCUCCUCUCUCACUUUACAGAAGCCAGCUCAAACCUUGACCAUCUCUCCGAGAAGUUGCAGUAUGUGAAGCUGGAUGAGGAGGAUGAGAAUGGUGGAACAUUAUUCCAUGAAGUGAGAACCGCUGGUAUGAACGCUAAACAAGGAAAGGAGAUUGAAGAGAACGAACUGCAGCAGGUCUCUGAUGACAAAAGACUUGCGGAGGCUAAGCGAGAGGAGAUUAAGGACAAUGUUCCUACUCACGAUGAUCCCAUCAAAGCCGUGGAGGAAGAGAUGUAUGUGUGCUCAGGCCCAGCUAGUGAGUUCGAUGUUAUGUCUGAGAGACCCCAAGAAUCGGUGCAGCACGAGAAGGAAGAGAACCAAGACCUGUUUAUCGAGCCUCAGGACUCGCACGAUGGCAGCGAAGAUCAUCCCGACUGGAGGCAGAUGUUCUUGACUGGCGUAGAGGACAGAGAGAAGUUUUUACUAGGGGAAUACACUUCGGUUCUCAGGAGUUACAAGGACGUGAGGAAGAAGCUAAGCGAAGUGGAGAAGGAUAACAGGGAUGGCCUCUUUGAAUUGGCGAUGCAAAUCAGGGAAUUACGAAACGACAACACUUCAAAGGACGAGGAGAUCAUGGCUCUUCGUAAAAAAUUAGGCACGCAGAAUGGAAAGCCGGAUGGUGCUGAAGACGUCGCUGCAUCAGGAGAUAAGGCUUCGAAUCAAGAAAAUCCCCAACAAAGCAUCCCGGUUGGAUCUAGCUCUCAAGAUUCGAGCCCAUCGUUGGUGCCGAAGAAAAAACAGCCUCUCUACAAGUUGCUGCUUCAGCAUAAUUUCCAAGGUUUCAUGAAGAAUCCUUCUACUAGAGAGGUAGAAACCAGAUUAAGUAAAGCUCCAGCUGUUUCUUCCAUGGAAGAGAAGUUCCGAGUGGAAAUUGACGAGCUCCUAGAGGAAAACAUUGAAUUCUGGUUGAGAUUCAGCACGUCAAUCCAUCAGGUGCAGACUUUCCAAACAAGUUUCCGUGAUCUACAAGUCGAGUUAUCGAAGUUGUUCGAUGACAAGAAACAAGAUUCAAGCACUAAUCACCAAGCUUCGAAGUCCGAAGCUCGGCCCAUAUACAGACACUUGAGAGAGAUACAGACCGAACUCAAGCUGUGGUUGGAACACAACGCGCUAUUGAAGGACGAAUUGGAGAGUCGACGUUCUGCCAUGUGCCGGCUACAGGAUGAGAUAACGCGAGUUUCUGACCCGGGGUCCGCCGCUAGAGAUCCCUCUCUGAGUGAGUAUCAGGCCGCGAAGUUCCAGGGCGAGGUCCUGAACAUGAAGCAAGAGAACAACAAGGUCGCUGACGAACUGAAUGCCGGUCUGGACCGGGUAAAGAAGCUGAAGACCGAGAUUGAGACGACCAUCGCAAGACUAGACGAGUAUCUUGGAAUUUCGGCAUCAAAAAGCCAUCAAUCCCACAGGUCGAGAAUACCCUUGAGGUCCUUCUUGUUCGGGGUUAAGCUGAAGAAGCAGAAGCAGCCAUCGAUCUUUGCGUGCGUGAAUCCUGUGAUGCAGAAAAAGGGUAGCGACCUCGGAGGCGGCGCAUUGCCUUCUUAGCUUUGCUUCCACGAGUCUUCAUACUUGUUUGAAUUGUACAUGUACAUGAUCUGUUUUCUGACUUCUUAAUGUUGGAUUGUGAUAACAUAGAA